AAAGAGAAAGAAUCAGUUUUGCUAGAUUCUGUGUUGAGAUUAAUGCGAAGGAUUAUCUGCUUAUUUCAUUUGGCUCCAACUGGACAAGAAUGAUGACAAUGGGAAUCUUGAAAUGGUUGUCAUUGCUAUGGAGUAUCAGUGGAAGCCAAAGCUUUGCCACUUCUACAACAUAUUCGGCCAUUCCGAAGAUUGCUACCACAAAAAAGAGUAAUCUGGUGAAUGAAUUUCAUCCUCAGGAAGCUGGCCAUACCAUGAAUGAUAAAGCAAAAUCCAUUAUCAGCACUACCAUAGUGGUGGAGAAGGAAGACCAGCUGCCGACUACAGUUCCCCUAACUCCUACUUUUCAAGUUGCUAGCUCCUCGCGCAUUGAAAAUGAGCAUGUUGUUCAGGAGAACCAGGUUAAUUCCACUCUUAUUCUAAUUUUGCUAGUUUCCUUGAUAUUAGCAUUUCAAGCAAUAAGAGUAAGAGAUUAA